AUGCCAAUUGAAACUAUUAAUAUAAUAAUUGAUGUUGCAGAAGUCACAGAUAAGGGCAAAACUGUUAAACCUCCCAACAACAAUGGUGAUAUUUUUUGGAAAAUUAAAAAAUAUUUAUACUAUUCGUUAUAUUAUAAUCAGAAUAUGUUAGGCAAAAAAAAUACUAUUAUUAACAAAAGAAAAAGAAAUGCAAGCGGUUUUACAAGAUAUAAAAAUGGUAAAUAUUUGUCGUGUAAAUUUGUUAAUACACCAAACCUUCCUUAUACUAUGAAUUCUUAUGGAAUUGAAAAUUUUAUUGAUUUUUACGAUAUGAUAGAAUUGGAUGAUAACUAUUUAACUAUUGAAAAGAUCUUAACUGGUAUUUUUUCCAAGUUGCAAGAAAUUGAAAAAAUUAAGAAAGAAAAUAGUAAAUGUGGAAUUGACAAGUGCGAGCUGACUAUAUCGCAAGGUUUAAUCAUCACUAAAACCAAUAUUAAUAAUCUGUUGUUUAAUAACCCUGAGUUUCAUAAUCUUAAGUCUACAACUGACAUAAUUCACAAGAUUAUAGUGUUAACCGAUGAUUUAAAUAGAAUUGAUUUGGAUGAGGAAGAUAGUUCGAAAUUAAGUAACGAAUUUAAUAAAGACCAUUGUAAAUUUGAAGUUAUAUAUACUGGGAAUGUCUUUAAAUCAGGAAAUAGUGAUAACACCAGCUAUGUUUAUAAUUGGAAUGCUUUUUUAUGCCUAAUUAAGUCCCAUGAAAUACUAGAUAUCAACACACUUUUGACAGAAUACGAAGAUAAAAGUUAUUAUCUACCAAGAGCUAUAGCUAUCUUUAAAGGCGAUUUAAUACUAGGUGUUUUGCCAUCCGGCGAAGAAAAUGGUAUUGGUGAACGCAAUGGUAUCAAUGGUACAACUGGAAUUAAAAUCAAAGUAGAAUGUUAUUUGGCCACCAAAAAAGUCGGUGCUGUCAAUAGAAAAACAGUUUUGUCUACUGCUAAUGGAUAUAAACCUGUGAAAUCUGUAGUAGAUUAUAGAAUGGAGAUAUUUGAUGACGAUAGAGAGCGGAGCGAUCAACUUCAUAAUACACUUAGCAGCAACAAAACGUUUGUCUCUGUUUCAAAGGAUGAAAUUACUAAAGCGUAUAGAUACGGUGCACAAUAUGUGGUAUUGCCUGAUUCCUUAACAGAGCAACUUGGACAAUUAAACUUGAACGACCAAAGUUGUAUAAAUGAUAAAGAUUUAUAUCUGGAACCUAACAUCUUGGUUAUAGGCAUGCUUUCAUUAUCCUUAUUGCCAAGAGAAUACCUGAUGGGAGAGAUGAACUAUUUAGUUAGCCAAAACUAUUGUUCGCAGUCUGACAACUUAGCCAAUUUAAUGGCAUUCGAAAGCUUGAUAGACACGUUAAUAGCAUUUGAUAGUUGUUUGAUGGCUCGAUAUUUACAAAGAAAAGCUAGUGAAGUUCAAAUAUGUGCAUUAAUUCCUCAUAUAGUCAAAUAUGACGGUGUAAAUGAGGAUAAUUAUAACAAUGGACGUAGGAUAUUUUUAAUGUGCAGACUGCCAUAUACAGAAGACUUAAGAAAGACAGAGUUGCCUAAAAUUACUGAUGCUGUUACUUCUGAUACUAUUGAUGGGGUUAAUUCAGGACAACUUGAUGACUAUAUGAUGAAGUAUGUAUUAAAUAAAUCAAACAAGAUUAACAUUAAUUUUAAUAAAAAUUAUUUUCCCACUGAUAACAAUGUACAGACUAGCGAUCAUGUAAUGCCACUAUCAGUAACACCGUCAAAGGUUAAGAAAUUGAUAAACUACGAAUAUAUUAAUCGGCUAUGUGCUGGCAGUGUAAAUUUAGAGACAGUGAGGGCAUCACAUACUGGGAGUUGCUACGAUGUGAAUAAAGAUGCUUCUUCCGCAAACUAUGAUAUUGAUGCAUUUAGAAAAAAAUUAAAUAUUAAGAAGGUGAUAAUACAGGAAAAAGUACAAGAAGAUGAAAGAAAUAAAUGA